AUUCCCCUCAUUCCCAAUGCUAUGUGGAGAAAGAGCUGCAAGAGGAAGUUAUUGCACCCAGGGCUUGUAUUUAACUUCUAAAGUUAACAAGUCCUCUAACAAGUUUUCACUAAGGACAAAGCUAGUGGUAAUGGUGUCUAAAGUCUUAUACACACAAAGCAUCAGGAAAAGAGGAUACGCUCAGACGAGUGAAUGAAUACCCAGUACUGCUGAGUCUGUUUCUCAACUACAGCAGUGAGCCGACAAAGUCUUUGCACUUCCAAGAGCUAACCUGAGAUCUUCCGAGAGGCUCACAGAUGUGAGCAUACAUGCAUCUAACUGAUUGGCAAAAGACCAGCUAAUAUUAGAGGGCUAUGGAUAAAACCCCGUUUUUUGCAAUUCCUGGCAGUACUGCCUCAGCUGAUGGUAUAGCAUAAGGUAAGCUGCCGUAAAUAGCGCCACAAUGCAUGCCCUCUUCCUUGGAGAUGUUCUGAGCACCCCAGGUAUAUUUUUGCUGAGGAAGGGGACCCCUCUUCCCCCCAGAGGCAAAUACAUGCACUACCUUGGUUCAUUUCCAAAAAAUUGCAAAGAUUACUGGUUACUUAAAAGCCAUUAAGCAAAACUAAGGGUACGUCUACACUACCUGCCGGAUUGGUGGGUAGUGAUCAAUCCCCGAUUGCUCUGUCAUCGACUCCUGUACUCCACCACGGCGAGAGGCGGAAGCGGAGUCGACGGAGGAGCGGCGGCAGUCAACCCCGCGCCGUGAGGAAGUGAGAUAGCCGUGUCACCAGAGCUGCUCGCGGCAGGAGCAUCAACUUGGCGCUGUCUCACAGAGGACGCCAGGCCCUCAAGGCCAUUGGGAUGGAAGAGCAGAUUGUGGCCAAAGGCAUCCCCAUGCGGGCCAGGAGGAUACACACGCCCUCAGGAAACACAUAUUCCAUCCCCUAUGGAACAAAGAGCCAGUACAUUCUCUCCGUGGACAGAGCAAAUUUAAACCAAGAGCUGCUAACGGCUGCUGAGAAGUACCCCAACACUACAUUGUACUUUGGACACAAGCUGCUCCGCUGCCACGUUGAAUCAGGGCUAUUAACCUUACAAGGACCUGACCAAAGACCCAUGGAAGUCACUUGUGACCUCAUAGUGGGAUGCGAUGGAGCCUUUUCUACAGUCAGAAAGCAGUUCAUGCGGCAAACAUGCUUUAACUACAGCCAUGUGUACAUUCCUCAUGGGUACAUGGAGUUGACCAUCCCACCCAAGGAUGGGGAUUUUGCCAUGGAAGAGAAUUACCUUCACAUCUGGCCCAGGAACACCUUCAUGAUGAUAGCGCUGCCUAACCUGGAUAAGUCGUUCACCUGCACACUCUUCAUGCCCUUCGAGGAGUUUGAACGGCUCACGACAGGUGAUCAAGUGCUGGAUUUCUUCCAAACCUACUUCCCAGAUUCAAUUCCCCUCAUAGGAGCGCGAGAGCUGCAGCGCGAUUACUUUUUGCUGCCACCCCAGGCCAUGAUCUCUGUGAAGUGCUCUUCAUACCACAUCGCCUCCCGGUGUGUGCUGAUGGGAGACGCCGCCCACGCCAUGGUACCGUUCUAUGGGCAAGGCAUGAAUGCUGGAUUUGAAGACUGCCUGGUCUUCGAUGAGUUAAUGGACCAGUUCCACAAUGAUCUCAGUGCCUGCCUGCCCGAGUUCUCCCGGCUGCGAGUGCCCGACGACCAUGCCAUUUCCGAUCUAGCCAUGUACAACUACAUGGAGAUGCGUGCACAUGUUAAUUCCAAGUGGUUCAUUUUCCGCAAGAACGUGGACAACUUUCUUCACUGGCUCAUGCCGUCCACCAUUAUCCCGUUAUACACAAUGGUCACGUUCACCAGAAUACGCUACCACGAGGCGCGGCAGCGCUGGAAAUGGCAGAACAAGGUGAUUAACAAAGGACUCUUCAUAAUUGGGGCAGCAGCAGCACUGGGGGGCAGCUACCCACUCAUAAAGUGGCUCUCUCGUAAGUCUGACUCCUGCGCAGAAAAGCCGUGGAGCUGGAUACUUCAUCUCAAGAAAAUUGGAAGUGUCCCGCCGGAAACACAGCUGGCAUAAAUGCCAGGGGAGCCUCUGAGGGGACACACGGCAAAGGCCUAGGCUGUAAACUCGGAGAGGCGACUAGGGGGAGGGACACAAAGGGGGCACUAGCUAAAGGGGACGCUCUCUCCCGGGCAGCCUCCGGCCACGCUGCCUGCCUGGGACGCUGCCCGCCGUGGUGUGGCACACGAGGGCUGCUCUCUAUGGGCUGUCUCUGGCAGGCAGCGUGGCCGGAGGCUGCCUGGGAGAGGGCAGCGUCUGCAUGCCGCACCAGGUAAUGUGGCCGGAAAAGGAGAGGCUCUGGCCCUGCCUCUUCCCUUCCGGCUCUGGCCCUGCCCCUUCAUUGCCCCAGCUGCCAGCCUUGCCCCCUUCCCCAGCGUUUUGGGGAGGGUCAUGUGACCCUUUGCCUCCCCCCCAGGUCGCCAUUGAGAUCCUUCCAAGAUGCCACACAUCCUAGCAUCAGGAAGUCCCCGUCAGGCAGGAUGUUCCAGAAUGAACCUCCACCCCUCGUCAGACUUGGACUUCAGUGCAGAGUCAUGCUCACCGCAAGCCACGUGUCUCCACAGGGAGGCUGCUGGCCACUCGGAUGGGACCAAACUCCCAGUAGGACUUUCUGCCGAGAAAGCUCCUCCGUGGUUUUCAAACUGGCUCUUACCGGCUCUCCUGGUAAUAUUGAAAGGCAGUUUGCAGGCAGGCAGCUCCCCGAUCGUAGAUCACUGUCGCUGAAACAGUUCAGUUCUGUUUCCCUCUGGAAAGUUUUACUGCUAUUGAGUUUGUUUAGGUCCAGGAUUUCCCGGCACCCCCAUCCCUCUGUUUGGCAGGAUGAGUACUAGGAUACAACCACCUGGGUUAGCCUUGGUUCAGCAAGAACCUUGGGCAUGCGGCUAACUCUGGGCAGCGUGGAGAGUCCCAUUGAGUUCAGUGGGAUUACUCAUGUGCCUAAAGUCAGACACUGGCUGAAAUGAGGCCUAAGUGCUCAUGUAACACAUGGGAUUUUUAAUCAGUAAACUCCCGUUAUUUUGUCACUCUUGUCUACCCAAAUAAAAGCUGUUUGAAACAAAA